UACAGCCUCCAAAUCUGCAAUAAUAAGAACUUUGUAUAUUUCCCAAGGUGUCUUAUCUCUGUGGUUUGAAGAAAGAAGUGCCUACAUACAAGAAGGUGUCAAAAAUUAAUCAGAAUGAAAUAUAUCUGUCUAAUUGUGUUGGCGGCUCUGCUGAAACAUGCAGGGGCUGCUUGUUACAGUGGAACAGAUACUAUUAUGUGUACGGAUCCAAGCUGCAAUGGGUUCUGUACUGACGAUAAUGGAUGUUCAUGUGCUUCGGAUGAGACAAAAACCUGCGUGCCCACCACUUGUGAUAUAACAGAUGUCUCUCAAUGCUGCCCUUCUGGCUAUUUCUGGAAUCCCAGUCUAUCAUGCUGCAGUGAGGAAGUAAUUUGUGACCCCCCAUGUCUCAGUGAUGAAAAAUGUGACAGUAUUAAUAAUGAAGCAACUUGUGUCUGCAAUAAUUCAGCUUAUUCCGGCAAGAAAUUUUCAGACUUCAGCCCAUCACUGUCCUGUCAAUCCAAUAUAAUGGUCAUCUCUGUUAGUCAGUGUUUGCUGACCUACCUUGGCUAUGAUUAUACCAACAUACACCUACUCAAUGACUCUGACAGCUGCAACAUUCAUUACCCGGAAAUCAUCAACAACAAUCGUGUCGAGAGCAUGCAGCUCAAAGUGAAGUCAGGAUGGUGCGGAAACACAAUGACGUUUGACUCCUCUAAGUUGUAUUACAAGAACAGUCUUUAUAUUGGAGUUCAGAAUAAAAGUAUUAUUACAGUGAAUCCCAUGACCCUCAAUUUUACCUGCAGUUACAACAUGACAAUGGAGACAAGCCUUAUUUUUGCCCUCAAACCAGUUCUAAGCACAGUGAGUAUUUUAGGACCCAAUGGAUCCGGUUCCUAUGCCUUGACUAUGUCUGCAUAUAAAAAUCCUGAUUAUACUUCACCAAUACAAGCAGAUGAUACAGUGGAAGUGGGAUCACACAUCUACCUGGGACUGUUUGUUAAUGAUGCUGAUGGAACUGCGUUUUCUCUAAGGGUUGAAGAGUGUUAUGCCACCCCAACCAAUGAGCCGUCAGACAUUAACAAAGUGUAUAUUGUGCGUGGUGGCUGCGCAUAUACAAAUGAUGUAGACUCAGUAGUAGAAGAGAAUGGAAAAGCUCUUGAAGCCCGAAUCAAACUGAGCACAUUCAGCUUCCAGGACCAAACUAAUGUCUACAUCUUCUGUAAUGCUAUGCUAUGCCCAAACACUACGAAUAAUCAAUGUGAUAAGUGUACAUCUAACCUAAAGACUGUCCGUGCUUCCUCUAACUAUGCACAAACAAUGAUAAAUAUUCCGCUUGAUGAUUUCAGAUAUUUCAACAGUGGAUCGCAAACUGCUGUAUCCUGGACUUUGGUGCUUGGCUUUCUCCUUGUCAUUCUUAAAAUGAAUAACUGAUGGCAACCUUGGCAUCCAUUCUUUUGACAUUAUAAAAGCAACAUUUUAUGGACUUUAUUUAAUGCUGAGACCCAAAGGAAUGGAAUUAAAUUAUUGUUUUCACUCUAAAAGGAAUUUCAAGGAGUAUGACUUUGUCAUACUCAGAUAUCUUCACAUAUAUUAUUUGAAUUGUAUGUUUUCUUUACUUUCUUUGCCCUGUUUAAAUAAACAUAUAUAUAUUAUACAUUGACUGAAAUACUCUGUACCAACUGUGAUGUGAUUUUGUUGUUUGUCUUCACAAAUAAAUGUAAAUGUGCAACA